CCUUUUCUUCCUUCACUUCACUCUCUCGCGUUGACGCAGGGUGUGGUGCUACUCGGUGUUACUCGGUGUCUUCUUGGCGGCGAAUUGACGACAUUAUUGAUUAAUGUAUCUGUUAUGAACAUCCGUAAAGUCGUGUAUUGAUCCGUGGACGAAAUGGAGAAAGUUUUGGUGGUUUCUCUGCUGGUUUUGGCCUCUCUUCGCUCUGCUUCUACUGAGGAGAAGUUCAUCAAGGAAGGCGGUAACGUGACGCUGGACUUGAGGCCUCCUCCUUCCGAUCCGAUCACCAUCAUCCAGUGGAAGUUUAAAGAUAGUAUUCUGGCAGAAUGGAUCAAAGGUGUGGUUGAUUUGGCCCAUAACAGAUUAAACAUCAAACUGGAUAUAGUCUCUGGAAGUUUAGCUAUGGAGAAAAUGACCAAAGAGGAAGAGGGUGUGUAUUCAGUGGAGGUUAACAGCAACGUGCAAAGAGUGACAUACAACGUUUUAGUGAUCAAAGAUGUUCCCAAGCCGAAGAUAGAGUUCUUCCCGCUGAUAUGCAGCGAUGAAAGUGACAAAUGUAGCAUGACCUGUGACGGGAACACCACCGGGGCUGAACCCGUCACUUACAGCUGGAAGACCGGGGAUGGAGAGUGGAAAGAGUCGGAGAAAGACAUGCCCAUCACCAGGGAAGAGCAUGGACAAGAGAAGACCUUCACCUGCAAGAUGAAGAACCCAGUAAGUGAGAAGGAAAGUGCUCAAGUUCCAAAUAAACUCUACAAGAAGGAAGUACCAAAGCCCUCUCCAGUUGGUCAGAUUGUUGGCAUCGUUGGUGCGAUACUUCGGUGUUGCUGCUGGGAUUGUGGGUUAUUGGGUAUGGAAAAAUGAUAAAUGCCCCUGCGGGAAGCAAAACUCCGUCCUGGCUGAAAAUGGAAAUGCACCUGCUUAUAAGGCUGAGGGUGAGACAACCGCUAGGCUUAUUAAUGCAAGCUCUACAGACAAUACAUCACCAGAUGAACAACCAGGCAGUGGAGGUGGUCCUGCAGGGGGAGUAGCCGAUCCAUUGCUGAAGGAAGAACCACCAGGCAGCCAAGAAGAACCUACAGACCCUCCGCCCAAUACACCGCAUGAGAAAAACACUGUCAUCGAAGACGCAGCUGCAAAAGGAGAAGCCGAUGCUAAACUGGAUGCUGAACCGGAUGCUGAACUGGAUACUAAACUGGAUGCUGAACCGGAUGCUGAACUGGAUAGUUAAUUGUGAAGCUCUUUUCUCAUCUGGCAGAUUGCUAUACCUGCGGACAUGUUGGGAAAACAUCUCAAUAUGUUUUGCUUCACAUGAGCUGUGUGUGUUUUUUAGCUGUGCAUCCUCGACUGUUACAUGCACCAGAAGGUUUGUCAUACUGUCCACUGUCCUCCCCAAAAGAAUCAUUUGGUUGCACAGCAGCAUGAAAACAUGAUUUAUAUUUAAAUAUCAAAUGCAAAUUCACAGCCUGUUGUUAAAAGGGACAUUGUCUUCAUGAUCAAAAAUCGAUAUGAGAGGACUAAUGUAUGAACUUUAACAAUCAGCCAUCUACUUUGAUAAUCCAAUUUGAAUUUUUACAAUUUUUUUGUUAUUUGAAUAUUACUUCAAAGUUAUGUUUAGCUUUUUCUGAUUAUUAUUAUACAUGAUAACUCGCUUUGGAUUUGUGUUAAUCGAUCAUUUCACUCAAAGUAUUUAGUGUUUGGGUGAACGAGUGAAAACAUGAUUUAGAUGUUAAUGUGUGUGCAUAUGCCGAUAAGAGCUUGGCGACAUUGCAACAAAAUAUCUGGGAGAAAAGAUUCUGUCGCCUUUCAAGAUAAAACGAUCAACAGGAAAUUAUUUGUCAAAUAUUUUGAUCGUCAAAUAUUUGUUUUAGUCUGGAAAAAAAACAUGAAAUGAUCUGUUUUCACGUUUCUUAAAUGUGUGAAUUUUAUGCUUGUUUUUGUUUUUGUGAUCCACGACAAUCAACUGGAUUUGAGUUCAUCGAUAAUGAAUGUAAUUGAUACUUGCUGUCCUACGACUUGCAUGCUAUCAUUUUAUCUACAACCACCUUAUCUUUUGUCAAUCUAUCAGGAUGUAAGAUGACGAGAAUGCACUAUUUAUCAAUUUUUUCAAGCCUUAAAAGCAUGAAAUAAAUUGAUCAAUACUAAAAAAAUAGUAUUAAAUAUAAUUUUUCUUGGUAAUAAGGGAAGAGGAAUGGGUUGAAGUACUCAAUGACAUCCACUCAGUGUCAAAUCAUAUACAUUUCAGUGUGCAGUUCCGAGUAUUACUUCUUACAAUCCACCAUAUCCACAUGUUCGUAAUAACUUAUCGCCAUCCUCCAAAAAGAGACACUCAGCUAAAUGUGAGGCUUUUUUAUAUUGAAAACUCAGUGCCUAAGUUCCUUCAUGAAAUGAGGACUUGAGUCCAAGGAGCCGAAGCACUUAAAGAAACGCACUGUUGGCACGCCGUCCACUUUUAAUUAGACGUUGAAGACGAAGCUUCAUUGAAUGUACACUUUUUGUAAUAUACAUGUUUUUAUUACGAGUACAAAUUAGAUUACUUUUGAUAUUUUGAUGCACUUGUAUUCUGCUUUUCUUUUUUUUUUAAUGUUUGGAAUUCCACGGACUUCUAGAAAUGGCUUGCAAAAAUGCAUUUAUCUCCAUUGUUUUUUUAAUUUAUUUAGUUAGCAUUUAUUAAGUUGUUAUCUGUUUAUAUUCAGUGCCUUUGUGAAUAAACGUGAGUCUUGCUAAAC